GGAAAGAAAUUGUCAGUGUCAGUCGGUCGGUCAACUUUGCUUGUUUUGAGUUGCUGUCUUGUGCACUUCAUUUCGUAACGACUGUUUUCUCUUAGUGGCGGACAAAUAUUACUGUGAUACAUUCUAAUAAAAUAGAAAAUACAUAAAAAUAUGCGCUUCUUUGUGUUGUUUUCAAAAUUAGAUGUUGAAUUUAUUAUAUUUCCAAGAAAAGAACUUCAGUGAUGUGUUUUACUGUGAACAGGUGAUUUCAAACCAUAUGCUUCAAAGUUUACGAUACAAUUUUUAAAAAUCGGAUGUGGGAAAACAGCGCUAAGUUGACGGAUAUCUUUCUUUUAAAUGAAAGGGAAAAGUUGUUUAUCCGAUUCGCAGAUGAGUAAAGAUGUCAACAGAAGGGAGUGGAGAGACACCUUCGACUGUACCAAGUUUGCCGGGGGUACCUGAGCAGACGUACCUUUUUCCUAAAGUGAAAGGACAUUCGAGAUCUAUUAGUCAUGGAGGGACUCCGAUGUUGGCGGGCAAUCCAGCUGCAUCUAGGCCACCGCUCAAGUCGGCUAUGCGUGGCCACCAACGUGCGCUAUCUCACGGACAAAUCGGCGAAGGUCCACGCGCAGCUUCGGGGCAAGGCCACAGUCGAACUGGCAGUAGGACAGACUUCAUAUUGCCGCCGGGCCACCGAGAUGCGGCUCCAGCGAGUGCGCAGCCCCGUAUCUCUUCCGUCAGGGGCCAUCACUCGCGCCAGGCUUCCCGAUCAGACUCAAUCUACACCUUACGCCGCGCUUCCGUCGUGGCACCGUGGCGACGCGCCGUUUUCUGGCUCAUGCGGAGACAGCAACCUGCCAUUGACAAUAGGCACCUCAUUGUCAUACCAAACCAUUUGGUCCCUGAUAAAACGCCACCUAAAGACCAUCCUAAUGGCCAUAGAUGCAAUAACAAAAUCAGGACUACUAAAUACACAUUGCUAUCUUUUUUACCUAAGAAUUUGUUUGAACAGUUUCAUAGGAUUGCAAAUGUGUAUUUUAUAUUUAUAGUGCUACUGAACUGGGUGCCUGCUAUAAAUGCAUUUGGCAAAGAAGUGGCUAUGCUACCAGUGUUGUUUGUGUUAACAGUGACUGCUAUCAAGGACCUAUUCGAAGAUCGCAGGAGACAUAUGUCCGAUAAACGGAUAAACAACUCUUUCUGUAGAGUCUACAAAAAAUCCAUGGAGAGGUACGUGCGAAUGAAAUGGAAAGACGUGCGAGUCGGGGAUCUCGUGCAUUUGUCGAAUAACGAAGCAGUGCCGGCCGACAUGGUGCUGCUGCAGUCGUCGAACCCUCUCGGCAUUUGCUAUCUCGAUACCUGCAAUUUGGAUGGAGAAACAAAUUUAAAGCAGCGAAUCGUCGCUCCGGGCUUUAAGGAAAAGCAACUCGAGUUUAAUCCGCUAAAAUUCAAAAGCACGGUGGAGGUGGAAAGGCCUUCAACGAAAAUAUACAGAUUUACUGGAACAAUAUCACAUCCAAACGGGGGAAGAGUUCCUUUAAAUUCAGACAAUUUACUUUUGCGAGAUUGCACUAUCAAAAACACGGAUUACGUGGAAGGAAUAGUCGUCUAUGCGGGACAUGAAACAAAGGCUAUGCUCAACAAUGGUGGGCCGAGGUAUAAAUGUUCCAAAUUAGAAAGAAAGAUGAACACAGACGUGAUAUGGUGCGUCUUAGUGCUGUUAUUUCUUUGCUGCGCUGGCGCCGUCGGUUGCAAAGUUUGGUUCGACAACUACUACCCAUAUCUAAAUAAGUUUACGCCGUUCAUUCCCUAUGCUGAUAAACCGACACACGAGGGCCUGUUAAUAUUCUGGACGUACAUAAUAGUACUACAGGUCAUGAUACCAGUCUCUCUAUAUGUUACAAUAGAAAUGACGAAGCUAUUGCAAGUGUAUCAUAUACAUCAGGACGUCGAGAUGUACGACUCAGUAACAAAUACUCGGACGGAAUGUAGAGCGUUAAAUAUCACUGAAGAAUUGGGUCAGAUAAAUUAUUUAUUUAGUGACAAAACUGGCACGUUGACGGAAAACAAAAUGGUGUUUCGGCGAUGUACAGUGGGGGGAGUGGAUUAUGAUCAUCCGCCUGGUCCUGACGCAGAGCCCUCGGCGGAGCUCCCCCCUAUAGUUACACCUAUUACUAAAGUAUCACCGAAUAGAAGAAUGCUCCAACAUUUACUUGACAGCAAUGACGCUCAACAUACACAAAAGGUCCGUGAGUUCCUGUUGAUUCUUGCCGUCUGUAACACUGUGGUGGUGAGCCAACCUCACGUUGACUCUUUAAGUAAUUCCACCACCAGUGAUCAGUUUCGAUCCCAGAAGUCGUCCAGAGCGAACGGAACGCUACGAUCUAACGAUAAGAGCAUAACAAUUCAAGUAUGUGGUAGUAUCUCCAGAGCUUUGCUAAGAUACGCUCGGUUGACUGAAUCCAGAUCGACGACGCCAUCGCCGCCGCCGUCGACGACAUCGCCCUUACGUAUUCGACUACCGAAAUUGCCAUUUGGAAGUAGAGAUGAUAAUUCUAGCGAGCCGAGUACAUCUGCGGAAGUACAAUUGGCACGUUUCGAAGCGGAAAGUCCAGACGAGCUCGCCCUUGCGGAGGCGGCCUUGGCUUACGGCUACGAGCUCCGAGGCUGGGCGCCUGAUGAGGUGGAACUGGGUGUUAGGGGUGAGCUGACGAAGCUCAAGGUCCUGCGGGUACAACAGUUCGACUCUAAUAGGAAGUGCAUGUCUGUUGCCAUGCGCACUCCAACGGGACAGGUGGUGGUGUACGUGAAGGGCGCGGACAGCACGGUGCUGGGCGCGCUGGCGCCGAUGCGCGCCGGCUCGGCGGAGGCGGCGGCCUACGAGCGCACGCGCGCGCUGCUCUCCGAGUACUCGCGCGCCGGCCUGCGCACGCUCGUCAUGGCCAAGCGCGCCAUGCAGCCCGCGCUCUGGGAGGAGUGGCUCGCCGGCCACAACCGCGCCUGCGAGAUCGGGGAAGGUCGGGAGAAGCGCAUCCGCGAGUCGCUGGCGCGGCUGGAGAGCGCGCUGAGCCUGGUGGGCGCGACGGGCGUGGAGGACCGGCUGCAGGAGCACGUGCCGCGCACCGUGCGCGCGCUGCUCGACGCCGGCAUCGUGGUGUGGGUGCUCACCGGCGACAAGCCCGAGACCGCCAUCAACAUCGCCUACUCCGCCGCGCUCUUCUCGCAGAGCGACCGCCUGCUGCACCUCAUGUCGCGGGACAAGGAGCACGCGGAGUCGACGAUCAAGAGCUACCUGGAGGGCGGCGCGGAGGGCGGCGGGCGCGCGCUGGUGGUGGACGGGCGCACGCUCACGUACAUCCUGGACCGGCGCUCGGGGCUGGUGGCGCCCUUCCUGUCGCUGGCGCGCCGCUGCUCCGCCGUGCUGUGCUGCCGCGCCACGCCGCUGCAGAAGGCCUACAUCGUCAAGGCAGUUAAGGAAGAGCUGGGAGUGACGACGCUUGCCAUAGGUGAUGGGGCGAAUGACGUGUCCAUGAUUCAAACGGCAGAUGUUGGCGUGGGGCUCUCCGGACAGGAGGGGCGGCAGGCGGUGAUGGCGUCGGACUUCGCGCUGUCGCGGUUCAAGUUCAUCGAGCGGCUGCUGCUGGUGCACGGCCACUGGUGCUACGACCGCCUCGCCAGGAUGAUACUCUACUUCUUCCUCAAGAACGCCACAUUUGUGUUCCUAAUAUUCUGGUACCAGUUCUUCUGCGGCUUUUCAUCGUCGGUGAUGAUCGACCAGUUGCAUUUAAUGGCGUACAAUCUUAUGUUCACCGCAGUUCCUCCUAUCGUUAUAGGCGCGUACGACCGCGUGGCGCCGGCGGCGCUGCUGCUGGAGCGGCCCGGGCUGUACGGCGCGGCACGGCGCGGGCUCGCGUACCGCGCGCACUCGUACUGGCUCGUGCUCGCCGAGUCGCUCUAUAUCAGUCUCGUGAUCUUCUUCGUGGCGGCCGCCGCCUACUGGGACACGGACGUCGACAUAUGGGCCUUCGGCGACUGCAACAUGACGGCCUGCCUGGUCGUCAUGCUCACGUACGUCGCCAUCGAGACGCGGAGCUGGACGGUGAUCCAGGUGGUGGCGCUGUGCGGGUCGCUGGGCUCGUUCUUCGCGCUGACGCUGGUGUACCAGGCCGUGUGCGUGUUCUGCUUCAACCUGCCGUCCACGUUCCGCGUGCUGCAGCACGCGCUGGCCGACCCGCUGUACUGGCUCGUCGUCGUGCUCACCACCGUGGCCGCGCUCGCGCCCAGGCUGGCGUGUCACGCGGUGCGCAACUCGUGGCGGCCCGGCGCCGUGGGGCGCGCCGUCGCGGCGCGGAGGCGCGCCCGCUCGCGCCUGCCCUACGCCGCGCACUACCACACGCCCACCGCCUCCGCGCACGUCUACAGGUGCGCCCACACCCCACUCGCACAGACACACCACACGCCCACCGCCUCCGCGCACGUCUACAGAUCAACAGAUGAAGACGGCCUGCAGAAGAGCCAAUCGGAAGUGGCGGCCAUAACGUGACGGUGAAACUCGAACGUUUGCAGAUUUACUUACACGCGACUCGCCCGCGCGGGACUUUCAAACCUAGGCUGUGAUCUGUCGAUAGAAUUAUUGUAUAGACUUUAUGUGCUUUUAUACUAACGCGGGACCAAUGCGUCACGUCUCAGAGGACGGAAAAUUUCGACGAUGAUUUCGUUUAAUUUGUAUAUGUACUUUGUAAAAGUUAAAUCGACGUUUGGUGAACAUCUGAUUUAGGAUUUCAGUAUUGUAUUUAGUUUUUUUUUUUAUCUUCGACUCGACUUAAUGUACUUACUUCGGAAUUAACUAAGGCGGAAUCGAAAUUGAUUUCCAGUUCUUGCUUGCCAACAUGGCGUCCGCCAAAAGUAAUCUCAUGCCAAUGGUCGAUCUCGGCGGACGCAAAACCCCGGUUGUAAACCAAGGGCGGUUUUAGGUGUUCAGAGGAAAUGUAAAGCGAGUGAUAUUGUUAUGAAUGUUGAUAGAUGGUGUAUUUUUGUAAGGAAUAGUGUUGUCGGCUUCCCUCGUGUGUUGUCGCCUUAAAGCCUUGCCUUCUCAUAGACUGCACGCGUCUGGGCCAGCCUUGGACGUGAAAUAUGCACUAAUAACUAUUUUAUAUACCUAUAUCAUUAUAUAUUAUAAUCGACAUUAAAAUGAACUAAGCUGCAUAUAAUUAUGUCCCCUUUUUAUAAUGUAUCAAUAGAUACAAUCUGAUUUAAUUUCACUCGUGUCGACUUAAAAUCGUUUUUGAUUUUAAUGUACCUUCAUAUCAGCGUUGACCUAGAUAAGAGUAAUUAUUAAAUCACUUUGUACUUCUUCAAUCUUAAUGAGUUAUAUUUUAUGAAAUCAAUAUAAACAAGUGAUUAACAAAUCAAUGUAACUAAAGAGACGUUCAAUCUUUGUUGCAGUAAUGAAAAGCUAAUAGAAAAAUAUAUUAUGUACUCCACAUAUCAGUACAUAAUUUGUGUGCGUGUAGUUUGAACUUUUUAUACUACGAUAGUGUUAUCGUUUUGAAAACAACACGUAAAUAAAGUGCCUUUUGUAUGCAUAAUUAUUGCAUGUCUCACUCCCAAGCCUCUGCCUACGACAAGAUAUUUCCUAAAGAUUUGACUAUUUUUAAUACUGUUUCUAGUUAUUGUAAAUACAUAAAAAUUAUAUAUUUCUACAUUGACAAUGAUUGUUAUAUGUACAGUAGGAUAUUUUUUAUAUUUAAUAAAUAUUUGUGUAAAUAACUUGUAUGUUCUAAGACUGUUGUUUAUUUAAAGCUUUUAAUUUGUUGAGUUAAAUUAAACGAAUAGGGUAAAUGCUGAAGUAUGUAUUUUCCAGUCAUAUUAUGAGUUUGCUGAUUAGUGAAUGCCCGAAGGCGUUUCUUGCCAUAAACAUGAGUGUGCGGUAUUCGCGAUGUUGCUUACACAUUACAGUGUAAGCACUUUAUUGUGUUGCAAAUAAAUGAAAUUAAAUCGGAUCUUUAUUUACAAAUGUUUUUUUUUAGCUUUGUUUUUUUUUUUGUUUUUAAUACAAGCGUCGCCUAUGGCUUGGUUCGAAUAACUGAUGACAAUGUUGCAUACACCUGUUAUUUGCACAGGUAUUUUACGUAUGAAAGUUUUAUAUUCAUGAUAUAAAUUUUUUAAUAUUGUAUUCUAGUUACCGGCGCGUAGUAUUCCGAUUAUUUAGCAGUAUUUUUAAAUUAUACCUAGUCUUGUCAACGAAUGUUAGUAUUUAUCUAUCAUUUGUUAUUUAAGUUAGUCUUCUAUAAUUACCUUCCAUUCGUUAAUUAAAACAUAUAACAUGUAUGCUUUGAGCGUUUGUUUGUAACAUCUCAUAUAAUGCAGCUCUUGAAGCGUAGAGAACCUAAUCUUGGAAUCUGUACAUCACCUGAUAUUAGACAGCACAGAAGAGCACAGUGAUGACUAGAAAAUACAUUAAUAUUCAAAGUGUUGUUUUUAAAUAAUAACAAAAUAUUUAAUUUUUAAAA